CUCCUUUUCUCUCACUCACAGCUUCCUUCUCCUCCUCCUCAUUUCCAUUCCUCAUUCCUACUCCUCAAACCAACUCUACUCUUUCUUUCUUUCUUUCUUUCUUUGUUUCUUUCUUUCUUUCUUUGCUUGUCCCUCUACCUGUCACACAACCUGCUCAAUGACUGCUCUUCGCGUCCCUUUCCAGAGGUUCGUCCAGUCAACACGCCCUGCUGGUCGUGUCUACGGUCGCCUCGGCCAUCUCGACCGUACUCUUGUCCUCACACGUCCCUUCGCGUCCGUAACCCAGCCCUAUGGCUCCUCGGACGGAUACCUAGGCCGACUUCACAAGGACCAAAAACCAUUGGUCGAGGGAGAGCCCUCGGGACCAAAGGUUGUGACGGAUACGAUUCCGGGCCCUAAAACACUGAAGGGGUUACAGCGGCUGGAUAAGUUGCAGGAUACUAGAGCUGCAACUAUGAUGACAGAUCUGGACAAGUCGAUCGGAAACUACGUUGUCGACCUCGAUGGCAAUAUAUUUCUGGACGUGUACUGCCAGAUCGCCUCGCUUCCGUUAGGUUACAACUCCAAGGCCCUGAUCGAGGCCGCAUCGAGUCCAGAGAUGGUUCAGAUGCUGGUCAAUCGCCCAGCUUUGGGUGUUCAGCCGCAUUCGACUUGGGCCAAGACCCUCGAGGAUUCGUUCAUGACAGUCGCACCCAAAGGACUCACCCAAGUAUUUACGGCUUUGAGUGGAUCCUGCGCCAAUGAAACUGCGUACAAGGCCGCGUUUAUGUAUCAUCAGAGACUCAAGAGAGGCCAGAACACUUCAGCCUCGGCAGAGGACAUGUCCAGCUGCAUGAAAAACAUGCAACCCGGAUCUCCAGAUCUAGCAAUCAUGAGCUUUAACGGCGGCUUCCACGGACGCCUGUUUGGCUCACUCUCGACAACGCACACAAAGCCCCUUCAUAAACUGGAUAUCCCUGCCUUCGAGCACUGGGUCUCGAGCCCCUUUCCGAAUCUGAAAUACCCACUCGAAAAGCACCAGGCUGAGAACCAGGAAGAGGAAGCUCGCUGCCUUGCCGUGGCGGAGGCGAAGAUGAAGAAUGCGACGACGCCGAUCGCAGCGUUGAUCGUGGAACCAAUCCAGAGUGAGGGCGGGGAUAACCAUGCAUCCGCGAAUUUCUUUCAGGAGUUGAGAAACUUGACGAAGAAGUAUGGUAUUCUGAUGAUUGUGGAUGAAGUCCAGACGGGCGUUGGACCAACGGGACAUUUUUGGGCGCAUGAAGCGUGGAAUCUGACUACGCCGCCUGAUAUCGUCACCUUCUCUAAGAAGUUCCAAGCGGCUGGAUGGUUUCACGGGCCUGAACUUCGACCUGAUGCCGCCUACCGCAACUUCAACACCUGGCUGGGCGAUCCGGUUCGCGCGAUUCAAGCAAAGACGAUCCUCCAGGAGAUCAAGGACAAGAACCUAAUCAAGAAUGCGCAGGAGACAGGUGCAUAUUUGAAGAAGGAACUCCAUUUGAUGGAGAGUCAGCAUCCGGGGACGAUCUCGAAUGUCCGUGGUCAGGGUACAUUCCUGGCAUUCGAUCUGCCUUCGCAACAGGAGCGGGAUGCGUUUGUUGUGAGGCUGAGGCAACUUGGAGUGAGUGCUGGUGGAUGUGGACCACAGAGCAUUCGGCUGAGACCGAUGUUGGUGUUCCAGAAACGGCAUGCGGAUGUCUUUUUGGAUGCGGUCGAAAGAGCGGCGAGUGAUCACCGACCAUUGAAGUAGGGGUCGGAGAGCCAGGACACGACUGACGGGAUGCUGGAGGAUAUUCAAUAAGAUAGUCGAUGGGACCGAUUGUGAAAUAAAAGGGGUCCUGUUUCGAAAGUAUCGGCAAUGACCAUGAACUUGUGUAACCUGUGUAACUUGUGUGUUUCCAGGAAGGAAUGCAGUGGAGUGUGCGAU